UUGAAUAUUCCAGGUUCGCAGGAAAAGCAUAAAGCCAGCAGUGGGAAGUGGGAAAGCAAGCAUUUAGAUGCUGUUCUCAUCUUCACUCAUAACCAGUGCGAACCACGUACAAAGAUUGCUGCAUUUGACAUGGAUGGCUCCUUGGUUUCUACAAAAUCAGGAAGAGUUUAUCCUGUGAAUAACAAUGAUUGGCGCAUGACUUUUAAUGAAACUGUGCCACGCAUAAAGAAGCUGUAUGAUGAAGAAGGGUACAAAAUCGUUAUAUUCACGAAUCAAAAGGGAAUUCAGUAUUUCCAUCUGGCAGCCAACGUUUCCUUCUUUUUCUCUUUCACCCUACACAUCCAUCUAGAAGAGCUAGUGUUAAAUUUCUAA